AACAACCAGUGCUUAUUCCACAGUCAAAUUUAGUCUUGAAUCAUGGAAACCAAGUUCUUCUCAUUCAUUCUCUUGCCCUUGCUAUUGUUGCUUUUUGGAGAGUUGAUGCAAGCACAUGGAGGAUUGUGUUUCUCACCUAGCGAAACAUUCAAGGGCAUAUGCAUCACGAAGCCCAAAUGUGAACAGGCAUGCAUAUCGGAGGGUUUCAUUAAGGGCAGCUGCGAAGGUUUCCGAAGACGCUGCAUCUGCUAUAAGAUUUGUGGUGGUGGCAGUGGCGGCGGUAAAGCUCCUGCCCCCUCUCCACAAUCUCCCCAUCAUCAUUAUGGUAAAGCUCUUGCCCAAUCUCCUGAGGGAUCAAUAAUUGAUAAUAAACACCAUCAUCAUCAUAAGACUCCUACCCCCUCUCCGCAAUCUACCCAUCAUCAUCCCAGUAAAACUCCUGCCCACUCUCUUGAAGGAUCAAUAACUGAUAAUAAGCACCAUCAUCAUCAUCAUAAGGCUCCUACCCCCUCUCCACAAUCUCCCCAUCAUCAUCAUGGUAAAACUCCUACCCACUUUCCUGAGGGAUCAAUAACCGAUAACAAACAUCAUCAUCAUCAUCAUCAUCAUCAUCACAAGGCUCCUACCCCCUCUCCACAAUGUCCCCAUCAUCAUCAUGGUAAAACUCCUAUCUACUCCCCUGAGGAAUCAAUAAGUGAUAACGAACACCAUCAUCAUCACCAUAAGGCUCCUAUCCCUUUUCUUGAGGGAUCAAAACGCCAUCAUCAUGGUAAGGCUCCUGAUGAUUUUGUGAGCUAUUAAUCUCCCGCCGCAUCCGUUGAGCCUCCAAAAGUGAUAUAUGAAGUAGCUCGUUCGUUUUGUAUCUCAUAAUGAGCAAUAUUAUUAGUGUAUCAGUGCUUUCUAAUCACUUUGGUUUGUUAUAAUAACUAUGAACUUUUCCAAAUUAAUAAGAAACAGAUAUAUUCCGGCCUUCUGCAAA